AUGUUUGAAUAUACUAGACAACUCGCAAGCGCGAAGGAUAAUUACGAAAGGAUAGCAAAAGAGGCGGGUGAUAAGGUUAAUGGAAAUAUCUUAACCCUCUUUGUGAAAUCAUUGUUAGGUGGUUGGUUCGUCGCCAUUGGCGGUUAUGCCGCAUCUGUUAUAGCAUCACUGUUUUAUGAACAGGAUGCUUCAAAUGGAGCAGCCAGGGCAGCCUUCAGUUUAAUAUUCCCUGGGGCAUUGUGUGCGAUUCUGUUCACUGGAAGUGACUUAUAUACAGGAAAUACUAUGAGUUUUACAUUUGCAUUGUGUAAAAAGCAUAUAACUUUUUUAAAUUACUUUCUUAAAUUGGGUAUCUCAAUCAUGGGGAACUAUAUAGGCGCGGUUAUUGGGGCAUUGAUCCUUUCUGGAGGAACCACUUACUUCCUUAAAGAUGUAGGAAAAGGAGCUCCUUAUUUGCUAGAUAUGGCCAUUGCUAAGACAAACAAGCCUUUUUGGAAAACCAUGUUCUCAGCUAUAGGAUGUAAUUGCUUUGUUUGCCUGGCAGUGUGGUCAUUUUACGCAUGCUAUGAUUCAGCAGGUGCAGUAUUAAUAGUAUUCGCACAUAUAGGAGCUUUUGCAGCAGGAGGCCUGGAGCAUACUAUUGCUAACUUCUAUCUUCUAAACGCAGCUUUGAUUUCACAAUCAGGUGUAUCAUUUUUGGACGUUUAUUAUCGUAACCUUAUUCCAGUCUUCUUAGGUAAUACAAUAGCAGGAACAAUGUUCAUGGGACUACCAAUAGCAUUUAUGUACAGAGAAACCCCGAAACAUCCUAUUUUCAAAGACUCAAGAAGCGAUGAUGUCGAAAUCAAGGCUCUCAUUGUGUAA